CAGCGCCAUGGAGCGGCCGGCGCCCCUGGCCGUGCUGCCCUUCUCGGACCCCGCGCACGCCCUGAGCCUGCUGCGCGGCCUGAGCCAGCUCCGCGCCGAGCGCAAGUUCCUGGACGUGACCCUGGAGGCGGCGGGCGGCCGCGACUUCCCGGCGCACCGCGCCGUGCUGGCGGCCGCCAGCCCCUACUUCCGCGCCAUGUUCGCCGGGCAGCUGCGCGAGAGCCGCGCCGAGCGGGUGCGCCUGCACGGGGUGCCGCCGGACAUGCUGCAGCUGCUGCUGGACUUCAGCUACACGGGCCGCGUGGCCGUGAGCGGCGACAACGCCGAGCCGCUGCUGCGCGCCGCCGACCUGCUGCAGUUCCCGGCCGUGAAGGAGGCGUGCGGCGCCUUCCUGCAGCAGCAGCUCGACCUGGCCAACUGCCUGGACAUGCAGGACUUCGCCGAGGCCUUCAGCUGCUCGGGCUUGGCCAGCGCGGCGCAGCGCUUCAUCCUGCGCCACGUGGGCGAGCUGGGCGCCGAGCAGCUGGAGCGGCUGCCGCUGGCGCGCCUGCUGCGCUACCUGCGCGACGACGGGCUGUGCGUGCCCAAGGAGGAGGCCGCCUACCAGCUGGCGCUGCGCUGGGUGCGCGCCGACCCGCCGCGCCGCGCCGCGCACUGGCCGCAGCUGCUGGAGGCCGUGCGCCUGCCCUUCGUGCGCCGCUUCUACCUGCUGGCGCACGUCGAGGCCGAGCCGCUGGUGGCGCGCUGCCCGCCCUGCCUGCGCCUGCUGCGCGAGGCGCGCGACUUCCAGGCGGCGCGCUACGACCGCCACGACCGCGGGCCCUGCCCCCGCAUGCGCCCGCGCCCCUCCACCGGCCUCGCCGAGAUCCUGGUGCUCGUAGGCGGCUGCGACCAGGACUGCGACGAGCUGGUCACCGUCGACUGCUACAACCCGCAGACGGGCCAGUGGCGCUACCUGGCCGAGUUCCCCGACCACUUGGGCGGAGGCUACAGCAUCGUGGCGCUGGGGAACGACAUCUACGUGACGGGUGGGUCGGAUGGCUCCAGGCUCUAUGACUGCGUGUGGAGGUACAACUCGAGCGUGAACGAGUGGACGGAGGUGGCGCCCAUGCUGAAAGCCCGCGAGUACCACAGCUCCUCCGUGCUGGACGGGCUGCUGUACGUGGUGGCCGCAGACAGCACUGAGCGCUACGACCACACCACCGACUCCUGGGAGGCCCUGCAGCCCAUGACCUACCCCAUGGACAACUGCUCCACUACCGCCUGCCGUGGCCGGCUCUACGCCAUCGGCUCCCUGGCUGGCAAAGAGACCAUGGUGAUGCAGUGCUACCACCCCGAAACCGACCUGUGGUCGCUCGUGGACUGUGGCCAGCUCCCUCCCUGGUCCUUUGCGCCCAAGACUGUGACGUUGAACGGACUCAUGUACUUUGUCAGGGAUGACUCUGCCGAAGUGGACGUGUAUAACCCGACGAAGAAUGAAUGGGACAAGAUCCCAUCCAUGAAUCAGGUGCACGUCGGGGGCAGCCUGGCCGUCCUGGGAGGGAAGCUCUACGUCUCUGGGGGCUACGACAAUACGUUUGAACUCUCGGACGUGGUGGAGGCCUAUGACCCGGAGACUCGGGCGUGGAGUGUGGUGGGGCGGCUCCCCGAACCCACCUUCUGGCACGGCAGCGUCAGCAUCUUCCGCCAGUUCAUGCCACAGACACCCCUGGGUGGGCGCGGCUUUGAGCUGGACAGUGGCAGUGGCAACAUGGACGCUGGCCGGCUGCGGCCGCCACAGAACCCCGACGAGCUGCACUAGCCCCGGCAAGGCCCAUGGUGGGCCUUGGUGCAGGAAACCCGGCACCUGCGGGGGUUAGCAACCCACUGCUUCGUGCACGAGGACAGGUUAGGGUCACAGGCAGAGCGCGGGUGGUCCAGCGAGCCCCAGGAUCUGUCACCCGGAAGGCCUCUGCAUUGAGCCUCGGCUGCUGGUACCGAAGGCCGUUCCUGGGCUGGGGAGGAGGUGCCGCUCCACAUGCAUGAGUCUUGGCUCCCACAGGUCACCCCCAGCUCACCCAGGCAGAGCACACAGCUUGCUCCCACCCUGGGAGGACAGGGGGAGGCGUCCUCCCGGGAGGGCCUGAAUGCCAGCACUGGAGCGUUGGGGUGCCAGACUCCAUGUCCGGUGCCGAGUGCCGCCGUGGGCCAGCUCCUCGCCCUGCUGUGGUGUCACACCAGAACAGCCCGGCCUCCUGGAGCUGAGCGCUGGAACAUGAGCUUGCGGGGUCUCGCGGGGCGGCUGCGGGUCUCCCUGGCCAGCCUGUCCGCAGGGGGGUGGAGACCUUCUUGGGCCUUGGUCCCAGGCCAGUGAAGGGGAGGGCAAAAGCCUGCCUUUCAAGGUUGUGGCUUCCUGCUGAGAGGCCUUGGGAAUUUGUCCUUGAGCCCCGGCCAAGCCAACAGCUGCACAUGCCCAGGUCCUCGGGCCUGUGAGGGGUGGCUCCUGUUGCUUCUAAGGGGUGGCCCGCACGGGGCCGCUCUCUGCCGUGGCUUCCUGGGUUUGAAAGGAGUCCGUGCUGUUUCUGGAGGUCCCUGCGGGAGUCGGGGUGCCAGGCCGCGCAGGUGCUGGCUUUAGCCCUCGGAGGUGCCUUUGCUGGGUUUGCCCUUUGCUCUCUCUCCGGAGAAGAGGGCAUUUGGCCUGCUGCUUCCUCGUAGGCAAGCGCUUGCAAGUGCCCUGUCCCAGGUGUUUUCUCGUAGGGGGCAGAGGAAGUAGGGUUAGCGCCGUCACUUACCACAUCGGGACCCUUUUAUCAGCCACACGGCUUUGCAGGAUGCCCGGCAGGGCUGCCAGCGACCCUGCCUGGCGUCUCCCGCGUGCUCUGAAGGAGAGCCCUUGGUGUGUGGCCACACUCUACGCGCGUCAUCACGUUAGGCUGGAAAACCGUGGGGCAGCCACGGCUCUUGGCUCUCUCCUUGGAGCUGCCGCUCACUGAGCACUGGGGACCAGGCUGGGAUGACGGACUGCACUGCGGCCACAGGCUCAGGCGCCCGUGUGCUGCAUGGGGUACCCCUUGGACACUGCUGGCUUCCUGUGCACCCCAUGCCAUUUCCCAAGUGCUGAAGCUCGGUUCUCGCUGGGCCCACCCUCGGCCCCCACCUUCGCCCCUCCUGCUCGUGAACUCCUCAGUGAGCUCCUUUGCUGCUGAGCCAUGGGGUGGGCGGGUGGUGGUGGCCUGUCUUGGGGACAGCAGGGCAGGGCUCAGCCACAUGGGAUUCACUGAGCCCUGAGAUCCACACCAGAGAAGGCACAUCCAGGACGUCUGAGGACAUAGCCACGCAGGCAGGCUCGGUGGCUGCUGCCCCAGGUCGUGUUGGGGGACAGGCUCCUGCCCACGGCCUGGCGGCUGCUUAGGUGACAAAAGCCUGGCUUUGGCCCCGUCUGUGUCUGCGCUCCAGGGCUGCCCAGGUCACCAUCAGAACCUUGCCUUUGGGUUUAUGGCAUCAAGGCUAGGGAGGAGCGGCGACACCUGUCGCCCCAGCAGGUGCCCCCAGCCCGUGGGUCCAGGAUCAGGCUGCUUGCCCUCUGCCGUGACCUGUAAGCUGCAGUGUCCCCAGCGCUCGGGGCUGUCUUCACACUGGGACGGAAGAUGGGCUGCUUGGGCGUGGGAGUGUCCCCUGUGUUAGGUGUACAGAACUGUGUACAAGGCAGGUUAAGUUAUGGAAACUCAGUGACUGUAUUUAAUGCUGAACUACUAGAACUAUUCUAUAUUUAUAUGCUUCAGACUUGUGUAAUAAAAGGCACCCUCCCUUUGGUGUCCAGUGCCCAGUCCUACCCCGGAGGGUGGGGUGGAUUUGCAUAUUUAUUUUUGUCUAUCCUAUAAGCUUAUGUGUCCAGAAUCCUACCUAGGGUUUUAGGAGGCCUUCAGUACUUUUUGAAAUAAAAAUAUUUCCUAUA